CCAAACUUCGUGACAUGAACACUGGACAAGUUGUCAAAUAGAAAACACUGAUAAGAAAAUAAAGAUAUAUAUUUUAUCUAUUCAGUCAGCAGCUGUGUGCGUUUUGAGGAGGGGAAAAAAAGAAGGAAAAAAGCCACAAGAAAACAAGCAAAGAAAAAAAGGCAGUGGUUCACAUUUUAUAUGAUUUUUGUGUUUAUACCACUGGUUUUCAAUAUGAAGACCUUAGCGGAAAAACCAGCAUUGUGACAUGUGACAUUAUCAACUUUUGAGAAAAUAGAAAUUUAAAUUUUGAAAGUAUCUAACAUUUUUAGAUGUUAAAAUAUAAUGCUAUAAUUUUGCAAUACUUAAUGACACGAUUUUAAUUUAGAAAUAUAUCAUUUAAUAAUAUUUUGUGACAAUUUACUACAUUUUUACAGCUUGCCUGCUUUUUUCACUGAAAAGGAAAUUUAUUAAUUAAACGAUAUUUUAUUGUUUUUAAAAGAUACUUACAUCACUAAGAUAUCUCUAAGUUAACUUAGAUGACAAUUUUUAAUAAAAGAAACAAAUUGUGGCCGAAAAGACAAAAAGUUUUUUUUUAAAAAUUAAUUUAAAAUAAAAUUAAUGUUAUUUCGUUUAAAACUAUAAAACAGUGUAUAGGCGCGAAAAUCUUAUAAUGAAUGAAAUAUAAUAAACUAGCUGAAUACCCGUGCUUACAUACACGUGGGUAGGCCUACAUUUACAUAAGCAUACCCAUGAAUAUCAAAACCCAAUCAUUUUACACCAUUGGGUUAAUAUUUUCUUUCAAAAAAUGAAAAUAUAUUUUUGUUUUUACUUUUCGAAAAAAAAGUGGGUGUGUAUUUUUAUGAAAUUAAUAACUUUUUUUUUUUUAAAAGACACUCAAGUCUGUUAUAGACGUGUAAACCGGUUACGAGGUUCUUCUUUAUAUAAAAUAUUUUUUUGUUUUACGAUUUUCCAAUAAUUUAUACUUUGAAAAAAAACAGGCAAAAGUUUGUUUAAAUUUCUAAUGAAGAUUUCAAUAGGCCUAUAUCAAAUUCCGCUAUUAUAAAAUAUAUAGAGAGAGAGUUUUUGUUGUAAAUUUAUGAUUAUGUUUUCAUAAUUUUUUUUUAGAAAAAACGUCACUAAAAGGGGUAGGGUGGGCCCAACAUUUAACAAUUGAAAAACACCAGACAUCUAAAGUAUUUCACUAGCGUAGAAAUCCCCCCUCAAUUAACUUCUUAGUGACAGUAAUGAUAUAAUUAGUGAUGUGAUUAUUAGAUUUGGUAAUUUAAGUCAUAUUUAGAGAGAACAAAACUAGUUUUGGGGCGUGAAAGGGGGUAGCGUAGGUAUAUAAUAAAUAGCAGAUAAAUACUUCUAAAAAAUUAAUGAUGUUAGAAACGUAAACAUCAUUACAUGUAUACUUCUUUUUAAAGUUAGGAAUUGUUAAGAGUUUUUGCAAUAGCAUGUAUAAAUUAUCACAAAGGACUUACCAUUAUUAUCCCGAUACCAUCGGGUCAUAUAUUCUAGUCUUUAAAUAAUGUGAUUAACAAAUAACUAUUAUCUUGCAAUUCAUCAAAAAUGAUCAAACGUUAUUGAGAGAUAAAAGUAGCUCUACCUUAUGGGGAUGUUUAAUUUGAUGCGUUGUUUAAGAACUUUAAUAUAAAAUAUAAUUUUUGGUGGUACGCCAUUCACAAAAAUAUAAUAGAACCUGUUCAAAUAUACAAGUCAAGAUAAAUGUGUAUAAAAUGGGUAUUUCUGACUUUAAAAUCAAUGUAUGCAUCUUAAGGGCUGAUUUUUUUUUCAACUUAUUUUUUUAAUUUUUUUAAACUUGUCAGGGUCAUAUAUUCUAGUCUUUAAAUAUGAUUGAAAUAGGUAAACAAGAUAUGGGAAAACCUGAAAAAAAGCUGUAGGCUGAGAGAUAUAGAUAUAAUGAGAUAGAGAGAAGGAGAGAGAGAAAGAGAGAGAGAGAGAUAGAUAGAGAGAGAGAGAUAGAUAGAGAGAGAGAGAGAGAGAGAGAGAGAGAGAGAGAGAGAGAGAGAGAGAGAGAGAGAGAGAGAGAGAGAGAGAGAGAGAGAGAGAGAGAGAGAGAGAGAGAGAGAGAGAGAGAGAGAGAGAGAGUAAGCUCGGAUUGAUGGAUGCUGAAACCGAUGACGUUACGAAGUUUUGUUCCUGUCAAGAAUACUUGGUUGCCUGAUAUAGUCCAAAAAGGUAUGGCUCUCUCCUGCUUUAUGCCAUCUUGUUGAGAGCAUUACAAACUCAUUUUGUGAAAUUUCGUCCUGCCUGAUAGCAAGCUAUCAAAAACCCUACUUCUUUGUUUUCAUUUUUUAAAUUUAUAAUGCCUUUAUUUCGCCAUAACAUGAUAAUAAUAACAACGCAACGAAUACCGUGAAUUAGCUAUAGGCUACAGGUAUUGAUCGCUGGAAAUGCGUUUGACUAGUUUGACCAGUCUUUGGUAGUUACCGGAAUUUGUUUGAAGGAAAUUUCGUCGAAGGAAAAUUGAUAGACGGAAAUUUGAUCGAACGGAAAUUUGGUCAAAAAUUUUUUAGUUCACACGUUAAAAUUUUAGUCAAAUUUCUUUUUGAACGCACUCUACUCUAUACUAUAUAGUAAAACAAAAUAAUGCGUUCAUAAAAAAAAAAGAGCAUUUCCUUCGAAAGUGAAUGCGUAAAGCCAAAGCAUACAAUGCACCUUGGAUUUUGUAAAUAUAUAUAUAUAUAUAUAUAUAUAUAUAUAUAUAUGCCAUAUGCGUUUGUCGAUGUGUAUGUGUGUGUGUAUGUAUGUGUUGGCUUGUGCUAUAACAAAUUUGUAAAUUACUUUUUUUCAAUUUUUAAGGGGUCAUUAACAGUUAUUCAAAUAUUAUUAUUUUUUUUAUUCAAGGUAAUUAAGAAUAGUCUCCCCUUUCUUAGAAAUCUUGCAGACGAUAAAUUAUGGAGCGUGAAGAUCUUGGAAGUUACAUGGGUCUAGCUAUGGGUACAAAUAAUUUUGUUAUUAACUUUGCACACACCUUAACAUCAAUUACUUUGUUUUAAAAUGUAAAAAAAUCGCAUCAGUUUAAUUAUUUCAAUAACAAUUUUUUAAACGCUUUAAAGGCCGGAAGGCUACAUUUAAUUAAGUUGCCUUCUAAUUCUGAAUCCGUGUUCAAAAAAUGAAGAGAACUUUUUAUUUCUUUUUUUUAUCUUUUCUUAAAAAUCUUCACACAUGUGUAAAAGAAAAAAAAUAAUUUUUUGAAAUAAUGAUGUGAUAGACUAGACUCUAUACUCUUCCUAUAUUUACGAUAAAAUAUUUUAUUUAUUUAUUUUUUUUAAACGACAUAUCUGCUGUUAAAUUAAAGACAUUAUCAUUAGCUUUUAAUUUUAAGCUUUAAAUUUAAAAAAAAAAAAAAAGGAUUGGUGGGGAGAAGGGGUGAUAUGCCCGGGCUGCACUUUUUUUCCUUUUAUCUUGUGGGGGAGGGGGCAGCAUUUGUGGCGGAAGGCGGCAGAAAUCUUUGCCUGCAUCAUAGCGUUUUAUAAAAGUAGCCUACCAAGUCCUCCUAUUGAGUUGAAUACGAUAUAAAAUGGCCAGUUGAGAAUGACACUGCCUAUGGUGUGGACCAUGGCUUAUUUAUUACUUUUUACAAAUAUUGAAAAUAAAGUAAAUAAACAUUAACUAAUUCCAAACUUCAGCUCUUUAUUAGUCCAUAAUUGCUAUGGCAUCAUAAGGCUAUCAUCUUCUUUAUGGGUUUUGAUUUUUUUAAAGCUUGCUCCUUUAUGUAAACAAUAUCGGCUUUAAAACUGGUAGCCCCCUAUUUAUUAAUGCAAAGAUAUUACUAGUUGAUAUUAUCUUUUACAAUGUGCUUUAAAUUAAUAUUUGAAGGUACUAUAAUGUAAUUGUGGACUUUAUUCUUUUAAAUUGCCUACAUUAAUCAUAAAUCAAACUUUGCUGGAGAAUAUGGUAUAGGAAUGGAGAUUGGGGGGUUGGGGUAGGAAUUGAGAUGUGGGGGGGGGAGGGGGGUGUUAAAGACUGAUAAUCAAAUUUUGUAACUUUAUAUAUUAAUUUUAAACACAUUUAAGAACAAAUAGUUUUUCUUUUCUUUAUAGAUGCAGUUACAUGGUAAGAGAAAAGGUAUUGAUUUACUCAGCUGACAAUUAUCCAAGGCUGAGCAUAUGAAAUUUAUAAGAUUCAACAAAGUAUUUAUGUUCACUUAAUUCACAGUUAAGAACCAAAAACUGGGUCAUAGAUAUGCAUUCUAAAAAUGUAGUUUUAUGAGCAUUCACUAUGAUGUAAUUUCCUAUUUGCAUUGAUAUUUGACAUUGGUGUGUAUAAAUACUCAAAGAUUUAAAUAUGGCUGUAGAGUAAAAGUUUGUGUACACAGGUUACUUUAUAAAACUAACAUGUGGAUACACGCAUAUGCAUACAUGGACACAAAAUCGGUAAUCUAAAUGUUGAAUAAUUUGAUUUAUAGAAGCAGUAAACUUUUAUAAUUUGAUGAAAUGGAGUACUCAGCUUCUUCUGUGGUUUAAACUACGUUUAUUCAAUUAAAUUUUUCAAAUUACCUCUUAUUUUUACUUGUAAUUGCUUGUUUGUUGAAAACGGAUUUGCUAGACUUGUUCAUUAAUUUGUUGUGUUAUUAAUAAAGCUUUCACAUUUCCUUAGCCACAUGUUCCCUUUACACUUAUAACAAUGAUCCUGAAACAAUUGUUUGUACCAGCCUACAGCAAACACUUGGUGAAGGACGCAAAGCAAGCAAUGUAGAUAUCCAACUAAUGCUAACUAAUGUUCAAAAAUGUGAUUCUAUUGUCCAACAAUUGAGACUAACUGAAAAUGAUGCAUUCCUUUCAGUAAGUGAAGAAAAUCUGUUUUGUAAUAUUUAUAAUAAUGUGUUUCAAAUAAAUCAUCAUUCUGAUGGUAAUUACACCUGAAAAGAAUACUAGUUAAUUAGAAAUUUUCUUAUUUUUCAAAUAUUAUAAUUAAAUAUGAAACAUAUUUAUUGUUUAAAAGGUUCACGUAACUAAUAAAACCUUUUUUUUAAAUUCAUUAAAGCAUAUUUUUUAGCCUUACUCUUCACAAUUGUUUUUAUCAAUUUAAAUCAGAAUGCUCUGACAAGUUUGUCUAGUAGCCUUUCUUCACAUUCUAACAUUCUGAACAAAAAGAUAACUCAGCUGAAUGAAGCUUUCAGGGCUGGCCUUUCUUCAACAAAAAGACCUGCAUUGGAGCUCUGCAGUAUUAAUAAUGAAAGUUUCAGUUCACCAGGUGAGCGUAAAAGCAAAAUACAAAAUGCACAGAACAUGAAAACAUUAAAAACAGACACCUAAAAUAAAUCCUGAAGAAUUAAGAUUUUUAAAAAGUUAACUGUUUUAAUGAUUUAAAUAUUAAGAUGUGCAGAAGUCAAUGAAAGAAGGAGAUGAUUUUGAGGCUAAGCAAUCUAAAUCUCGCCAUUGUGCAAUUGAGGCCACAAUUGUGAGGAAUGGCCAAGUCCACUUUGGGGAUGUUGUCGGUCUAAUAGAGGCCAAAUGCUCACUUCAAGAUGCCAUUAUCAUGCCGCUUGUAUUUCCCCAUCUAUUUUCAGGUGAGUUUUAAAUGUGUCACUUUUUAAUUUUGCUAUGCUAUGACGAGCAGAGUAUUUAUUUUUAAACUAUAUUAAUCAAAUAUAAUAUUUAGUUUAGAGAAUAAUCAGGAAAACUCUAUAUGAUAUUUGUGAAAAUUUUGGAAUAUUUGAUAUUUAUCUAUAUUUAUAUUUAUUUUGUCAUCCACUAAUUAAAUUUCAAGAAACCCAAAAUAUAAUAAAGUCAAGUCAUAUAAUUAUUUUUGUUUUAAAAGCUAUUGUAUCUGUAUAGGCAUAGGGCCUACAAUGUUUGCAGAUGUAUGGACAUAGAAAUGAGAAUGAUCAAUAACUGACCAAUGAUAAACAAAUUUGAAUCAAUGUAAUGAAGUUUAAAUUAUUCUGUUCAAGUUAACUAAACAUUGGUAUGGUUUGUGGCCUUAGGUGGGAGAAAACCAUGGAGAAGGAUUUUACUUUUUGGACCACCAGGGACUGGAAAAUCUCGUCUAGCUCAAGCUGUCUCCACAGAGGUCAAGGCUACAUUUUAUUCUGUAUCCAGCACUGAUCUCAUGUCCAGCUGGGUUGGAGAAAGUGAAAAGUAGGACAACCAAAGUUUUGUUUUAUUAAACAAGGUUUUAAUAUUUCCCCAAUAUAGAAUAGAGAAUCUGUGAAAAAUCUCAUUGGGGUUCAUAAAUCUCUGGAUUAUAAUCAUUACCUUUGAUCUCGAGCAUAUUUCUAUUAUAUUUUUAAAUGACAGGUUUUAUGAAGCACUCAUAAUCUAACUUCCUAACAAAAUCAAAUACUCUUUUUUCAACAAUAUCAUAAUUGAUGAGAGCAACAACAUGUGUAAAGAAAAGAAUAAUCUAACUAUUAUUUGUCAAAUUAGUUUUUUUUUUUUAACAAUCUCUACUACAUACAUUAUAUAAAAAAUAUCUCUUGAUUUUUUUUUCUCCAAGGAUGAUCAAAGAACUUUUCCAUCAUGCAAGCAAUCAAACUUGCCAAUCAGUAAUUACAAUUUUAUGAGUCUCACAUGUAAAUGUAGAUUACUAGAUCCACUAAUAUGAGCAGGAGACAAAUGUAGAAAUUACAAAUACUUGAAAAACACUUAUUUUGUGACACUGUUUCUUUUGACAAGAGUAUACCUUAAUAAGAUAAAAUUUGAAGUGGUGUUUUAGAUACAUUAUCCUUUUUUUUUUGUACUGGUUUUGAAGGGUUCUAUUAAAAUAAUAAUAUUUACCAGCUUUUUAAAUGUAUUAUUAUCUGUCUCCAACUUAAAAAUAACAAAACUAUUUAUCUCAUAGCAUAAUUUCCAUGGCUCCAUCCCUUUUGGUCCGCACCCAACAACCUUUAAAUUAGUACAGUUUUUUGCUAAAUCUUUUUUUAAAAAGUAAAUCUAUAAAGUUGUUGAUGUUAAUGCCACUGACAGCUUACCAUCUCAUGAUUUUAGGUGAUAUUUAUUGAUGAGAUAGACAGUUUGUGUCGUCAGCGGAGCACCAGGGAAGAUGAAGGUACAAGACGGAUUAAGACAGAGCUCCUUAUCCAGAUGGAUGGAGCAGACAGACAAGUUCAAGACAAAAUAUUUUUGCUUUGUGCCACAAACUGUCCAUGGGAUUUGGACACAGCAUUUUUAAGACGCUUCCAGAAGAGGAUCUACAUACCUCUUCCUGAUCAGUAAGAUAUAGUUAUUUUUCAAUCAUAAUUGAUUUGUUUCAUAUGAGUUCUUCAAGCGUUAUAUGAUAACUUUAUUAUGUGAGUAAAAAUAAUGAGUAAAUUGAGAAUACAUUAAAACCGUUAUGCUAAAUUACUGCUGGUUAAAACCUGCAAAAAAUUUCAGCGAAUAAAAAUAGAAUUGCUUUCAGUGUUAAAACUUUUAAUUUAAAUUAUUUGAGUGGCUCACUUUCAAAGGGUGCUAAUUCAUCUCAAAUUAAUAUUAAUUUUAAUUUUGUAAAAUAGAAGUUUAAAUAGGGUUUGUAUAUUAAAAAAAAAGUAUAAUGUGACAUGUUAUUAAAACAAAGAACAGUUGACAUAAACAUGACAUAAAAAAGCUGUAAGUCUUAUAUUUUCAUUAUUCAGUGCAUCCCGGAUCCAGCUAAUGAAGCUUCACUGCGAUGGCAGUCAUGUAAAUCUUACAGACCAUGACUGGACAGAGCUGGCCAAUCUAACUGAAGGAUAUUCUGGUAGUGACUUGGCAACACUCACCAAUGGUGGCCUCUUCCAACCAAUUAGAGAUUUGCAAGCAGCAAACUAUUGGCAUGAGACCAAGGGUAUGUGGAUGUCUUUUGCUGCAUUGACAACAACUUCUAGACAGAGGCAGAUCAAAUUGAUGCUGCUGAAAAUUAUUCCAUUAUUUAUUAAAACAUUGUGUGUGUAGGGGUAUGGUAAUUUUAAUGCAAAUAAAAAAUGUAUUUUAUCCUGUCUUUCAAUCAUCUACAUCAAAGAAUAAUUUAUUUUCACCAAUGCUAUAAUGAAUUAUUUUUAUUUUCAAAUCAGUUUGAGGUCCUCAUAAAUUGCAAUUGAGUCAUUUCUAUUUUUUUCUGUUGUGAUUUAUUGUUUUUAGAUUUAUUUUUGCUGAUAAGUCUCAAUUUUCUCAAGUUAAAUUCACUUCAAUGUUCGUUUAGAUGGUAGAUGGGUGCCAUGUGAUGACACUGGUAAAUCAUCAUUAAAAGCAAAUAUAACAGACUUGCCACCAAAGAAGGUAAUUAUUCACCCAGACAUUAUAACAUAAUUAAUUUAUUUUAAUGUUUGUAUUAAACCAAUGUUUUCAUGAAUUAAAAGUGAAAUUUAUUUGACUGUUGGAUUGUAUCUAACUUGUUUGUUCCUAUAAUCUCUACAGCGGUGCUUUGGUUUACUUUUCUUUUUAAAAAAAAUGAAAAUACUUUAUGUAGACUGCAUGAAAUCCCAGGGCAGCCAUAUAAUUGUUUGGGGUUGGGGAAAGCUUAAUCUUUCCUACGGAUUAAAAAUUUUAGGUUAUAUAUAAGGUUGAAUAUUUCAUGUGAUAAAUUACGAUUGUCAUAUUAUAAUGCUUUGCCUCAUUUGAAUAGAUGUGUAGGUUGCACUAACAGAAAAAAGAUUCAUAAAACUAAUAAACUUAUUUUUGUGUGUUUUUAUUUUGUGUGUGUAUGUCAAAUAAUAAAAUUAUAAAUAGUGUAAAAUAUUGCAAAAAUCAUUUGGUUUUUCUUAUUUCUAUGCUGUCAUGCAGAUCAGCCCCAGAGAUGUAAACAUGGGAGACUUUCUAAAGUCUUUAGAGAUACAUAGACCAACAGUAUCAGAACAGGAAUUGCAGAAAUUUGCUAGUUUUACAUCAUGUUAUGGUCAAACUGGAUAGUUAAUGUUGUCCAAGAUCACAAAGUAUAGUAACUCAAAUGCUAUCAUUAAAAAUGAAUUGAAUAAUUGUUAUUCUUUCCUCAUUUAUUUAAGAACGAACUUAAAUUGUCAUGUCAUGAUUGUUGGGUAAAAUUAAAUUAUCUGAUAUUUAGAGAAGCAUCUAAAUUACAAGGUCUGAAUCAGACACUCCUUACAACCCUUCAUUACAAUACACUGGGCAUCUCACUUACUUUAUAACAUUUUUAAAAUAUUUAUAAGGAAAUAAAAGUAAUGGAGAUUUUUGUAGGGUCUUCAAAUGGUGCAAAAAAAUUAAACAAAAUUAAAAGUGUCCUAAGCAGAAAUUUAAUGCCUCUUAAAAUCAACGUUACUUUACAGAAGCAACAAUUCAUAAUAACUUGCCCCUUUACCAAAGGUGGGGGGGGGGGAUGUUUACAUCUGAAUUUGGUCUAGGGUAGAUAGCUGGGUGAAGUAGAUUUGUUAGCCAAGUAAGACAGGUUUUCUCAGGGAAGAGUUGUGCCCAAUGCAAACAAAUCUUAAGAUGAAAUUACAAAUGUGGGAUCUGUGCAAAAAUAAGUUUAGCAAUAAAUCUAGGGAAUUUAAAAACAGUCAUCCUUAAGUGAAAGGUUCUUUCUGAAAGUUUCUGCAACCUUUCUCUUCAGUCAAAGAUUAAAUUAAAAUAAUUGAAAAAAGAUUUUAUGUUUUCAUUUCACAACAGAUUAAGCAACCUUUGAAAGUAAAUUUUACUGAUCAUAAAAAUCUAUGAAUAAAAUUUAAAAAGAAUAUUUUAUUACACAACAUAUGUGGCACAUUAAUAAAUUUCUGUUUAUUUCUGUUUUUACACAGAAAAUUUUAAAAUGCCUAGGAUCACUAAAAUACAAGCCUGAACCGUUUUUUAUCAAAUUUCAAGUGGUAGAGAUAUUUAAAAAUUGAGCUGUUGUUUUUUUUUUCUACAAAAUCAUUUUCUGUAGCAGUCACAAAUUCAUAUAAACUGCAAAAAUAUACAUUUUGGGUUACCGCUUAAAUAUCAAUUUUACUUACUUUAUUGAAGACUGUUUAUUAUUUUGGAAAAUGUUUUAAUUUUAAAAAUACAUAUGGUAGGUGUUUCUGGUGCCAAAGUGUUCUUUUUUUAAAUAUAAAUUUAUUUAUUUUUUAAUUAAUGUUGGGGGGGGGGGGGGGGGGAGACAGUUUAAUGGAAAAACUUCAGAAACUGUUGUUGCUAUAAAUUUGUUAUGCUAAAGAAAGAAAAUGCAGAUUAUAAUAGCAUAAAAGGUUUGAAAUGUUAAUUUUAAAAAAUACAACAAAAAUUAGUCCCGAUUUUGGUUCAAAGAAAAAUUACUGAGAGUAACUUAAUAAAAUCUUGGAGACUGAGAAAUGUUUUUUUGUGAGACAGUAUGGGAUAUUAUUCCCUUUUUGUGUAUAUUUUUUUUAUAAUUCACUGAAACUUCUACGGCAAAGGGAAUGAUUUAUAAUUAAUUGAAGGGCAAUCGAUAUUUUGUAAUAUCUACAUGUAUUUUCUAUUAAAAAAUUGCAAGAUUUAAGUCUUAGAAAAGGGGGGAGCAGUAUAUAUUUUAAAUGUGAUCUUCGUAAAAAUUAUUUAGUUACUUCCCUUAAGAUAGAAAACUGGAUGUACCAUACCUGUGAUAAGGUGAGUCAUUCCUCCCGGAAAUAAAGCGGUGCAACUAUAUACCUCUUCUAAAAUAAGCUAACUUGUUCCACUGGCCGCGAAACCCUGGGCUGCCGGAAGUUUUCUCUUUCUCUAGUAACAACUUUAUAAUUAUAUCUAACGAUAUUAUAACUUAGCUAACUGACCAAGGGAAGUAAAGACUAGUAAUAAGUAAAGAGUAAGAGCCAUAUUUAUUUAUUUUAUUGCAUCAUAAACAUUUUUUAAAAAUAUCCUUAAAACAAAAAGCUCUUUCAAGUAGACUUCAAAUUGCGUAGUAACAGUUUUAAACUUCAAAGUUAUUAACUACGAUCAUCUGAUUAUGGCUGAUUAUGAUCAUGGUGUCAUCAUAUAGUCAUGAAUAUGAUGAUAAUAUAAUAUAGGCCUAAGUAUAAGUAGGCCUAUUCCAAUGCCAAUAUUGAAAGCCAUUUCAAUCAUUUUUUAAAUCAUUGCCAUGAAGAUGAUUUCCUAAAUUAAGAUUUAUAAUAUAAUUGAUUAUUCAAUUGUUCUAGAAAAUUAUUUCCUGAAUUUAGAUUAUUAAAAUUAUUCAUUUUUCAAAAUUUUGAAAUUAAAGAUAUUUUUUUCAACCUUGGACUUGGUCUGGAGACUUCAACUUGAUUCUAGAUGUUCAAAUAACUUUCAUAAUAAAAAUAAUAAUUAAAAUUAUCCCCUAUUAAUAAAUUAAAGCUAUUAAAACACAAGUUCAAAUCAUUACUAUUACUACUAGGCAAGGAAUAUUAGUGUUAGUCUGAUUAGUGAUUAGCACAGUCAGUUGAGUCAGUCACUGGUUAUUUCUUUUCAUAAGAAGUCAUGACAAAUGCCCCUAAUAAAUGCCUAACCAGAAGUUUAACUAAUGAUAAAGCUUAUAAUUAUAAAUUGCACCUAACUUAUUCUAAUCUAUGUAGAUAUGGUGGUGGAGCAUAAACAAAACUAAAUCAAUUUAUGGAUUAACCUAGUUUUGAAAUCUUAUUCACUUUUAUAAUAUAAGUAGGCUAUGCUAUGUGAAUGUGCUUUUGUCUAAAUUUACAUUUUUGGUGCCACACCACAUCUUUGGGCCCCUUUUAAAUACUUAAAAAUAUCUCAGGCCCCCUACAGCCACAGGGGUUGCAGGCCCCAUGUGUUGGUUCUGCUAAAAUUAAAAACAUUAAAAUAAAGAUUAAAGAGGUAAUCACAGCAAGUUCUGGCCCUAGGAGUUCUGUACCCUGAGAAUUCAAAAGAAAAAUCUAUUUACUAAAUUAGGUUAAAGGGGAGUGAAAACAUUAACGAUCAGUUAUUCAAAUUGUGGCCACUCAGCCAUGGCACUGGAUAAAAUUGUUUUUAAAAAAUAUUACAUUGAUUAGAUUUUGAAAUAAAUCCACAACAUGAUUGUAUACAGUCAUUAUCUUUGAGAAUUAUUUAUUUUGUAAUAAAAAUCAGAGCCUUGGCCUUGAUCAUUUGUUAUGAAUAUAUAUAAUUCAGUAAUUUAAUUAAGCCAUAAUUUUUUAAUAAAAUAAACAUUAAGUUUAUUAAGUUUUGUAUAUUAUGUUGUACUUGAAUUCAAGUGUGAUUUUUGUCCAUUAAUACAGUUUAUUCAAUAGAUGAGAUAAAGUGAAGAGUAGGAAUUUCAUACUGUUAAUUAAAGGUGUUUAACAUAAUAUAUUGAAAGAAACUAUGAAAGAUGGCUUAUGAAAUAUACCUUCUUAAACAUUAUCAUUAGACAUGGCAGCUAAUCCAUAUGACCCUAUCACAACUACCGAUUUCACUAAACUGACUGAUGAUGAUUGGGGGCUGACAUUACCUCCUCUGAGGUACAAAACUUAUACAGGGAGUUCAAGGUAAUUAUUAUAGUCAUAAAAUAUUGCAAUGCAAGAAAGAAGGGGCAGGAUUCCAAAACUUUAGGAAAGGACACCAUUACAUAAAUAGUAUUUUGGUUUCUGCCUUCAUUUUUAUGUCUUUAUGAAAUGAAAUUUGUAUUGUUUAAGUCUUUCACUCCUUCAACUCGCCCCCCUUCCCAAAAUCAAGGAAAAUUAUAAUAACCUACUUCUAAUUUUAUUAAUGAAUUUCUUGCAAUGUUCACCUUGGAGACACAUGCGUAUAUAUUUCUAGUUACAUAUUAAUAUAAUAUUAAUGGAAUUUGUACCAUCUUAAUCUAAUAUAUUUAUUAUUUUUAAAAAUACUUCUAUAUUUCAGAUUUAAAUAUCUUUGUAAUGAAUUACGCAAGCGUCCUUGGUGCGUUAUUAUCACCUUAGCUGUGUUGUGCAUUGUUAUUCUUAUAUCUAUUGUAAUUGGUGCUACAAGUCAGAAAGAAGGAGGGCAUCCAACAAGGCAUCCAACAGGAGAUGAACCUGAUUGGGACCCAAACAACAGUUAGUAAAUAUGUAUCAAAAUAUUUAGACAAGGGGAAAAAAAAAUAAACUAUUUUAGUUGCUUGUAUAAAUAUAGUUCAGGUGUAGAAUGGUGAAGUGUGAGUAAAUUACUGAGACAACUAAAGCCAAAAAUAAAGCCAAUAAUAUUUAAUUGAUCAUCAGCCACAAGACAAAUUUUGAAAAAUAAAAAUAUAAAGAUUUACAGUGUUAAGAGUUAAUGAACACACCAAGAAAUGAAAUGACAACAUGUAACUAUCAGCCUUAAAUGAGUUGUUACAAAUAUAAAUCACCACACAAAUAGAUUGUAGCUAUUUAUUAAAAGCUGGAAGAAACUAAACAAGGAUUUCAAAUCACACUUCAAAAUUGCAGAGAAGUUUUUUUUUGUUUUUUUAAGCACAUUAACCAUGCUUAAAAAAUAUGUGUACUUAUUAUUGGUGAUUAUUGAAUUUUUACAGCCAGGAUCUAUUCAAAUUUAUGGGAUGACAUCCAUAAUAAUUUUAAGUUCCCCACCUAUAUACAAAAUAUUAAGUUGAUGAACAAUUAAAAUGAAUCUUUUAAAUAUAUUUUUUUCCCCCUUUCAACAGGCCUUGUGUUUUAUCCAGCAAACAAGAGCAUUUUAAUAAGAUUUAAUCCUGAGAACAUUGAUGAUGUAAAAACAAAUGUAUGGUCCUUGCAUAACGUGACUGAAGGUAAAUUAUUUUAAUCUCAAUAUAUUUUAUGAUGAUCUUAAACAGACUUACAUUGCCUUCUUUAUCGACAGAUUUGUUAAAGCUUGAGUUAUUAUUGUAGGCUUAUUCCACUUAAAGCUCUUUUUAACCACUUCCCCUACAUCCUAGAGAACUAUAAUUAUGUACACAGUUCACAGUGAUUGCACACUUUAUAUAUAUAUUAGAUUUUGAUUUACUGGUUUAAGAAUAUAUUGUAUCAUAAAAUAUUAAUCUUUCUAAGUAAUAGUGUUAAAGAAAAUGAAAUAUGCUUGUUAUAUAAAGGGAUGUCAUGAGAAGACUAAAUGAACAUCAAACAGUGACUUUAUUAUUAUUCAUUGUAUCUACAUGUCACCUUCUGCUAUGAGGCAUCCUUUUAUAAAAUUCUUAUUGGAUCAUGAGUAUAAAUCUUAGUUUUAAUUUUAAGCACACCCUCAACAUUUAAAAUUAUUUUUUACAUCAUUGUUACUGACAGAAGUGGAUUGAUUCAAACUAUGUCACUUAGUCCCAAAACUUUUGAUUGGCCUCAAACUCAAUUUUCGUUCAAAAAUGUCUAACUUUUCCUUCCUUUCGUAGUGAAUGUUUUUUUUUUACUGUUUAAAGUUUAAGUUUGCAUUCAACACUGUAAAUAAGAUAUUUAUAGUCUGAUUUCUUCUAAUAAAUAAAACAAAGUUACAAUUAGUCUUGUGAAAGACCAUUAACUUUCCUUUACCAUAUUAUAAAUGAUUGCUAAAAAUUCAUUACCAACCCCUGACUGACCGGUAAGUACCUACAUGUUAACAUUACUAAGCACAAGGCAGGUCUUGAACAAUUUCAUUCCUAUUUCUGUUAUAUUUUGAUUUUAAUAUUUAGAGUGCAUUUUAAACAUUUAUUUUGACAUUUUAGGAUACCUGUUAACUGAACAAUUGGGUGAUGACUUUGUAACAUGCAACUCCACUUACCAACCAUUCAAUAAAACUUGUAAGAAUGAAAGAACACAAUUUGGAUCUGUGUGCACGGAACAAAAUAAAUAUGGGUAUUCAGAUGCUCAGCCUUGUGUUUUCAUUCAGCUCAAUUUGGUAUGUAAUACUUCUUCCUCCAAAAAUGGAUUACUCUUCAUUAUUAGUGUUUUAUGAAAACCUUUUGUCCUUAUAUAUAAUUUUUUAUUUAGCUUUUUAUAUCAACCAUCCCAAAAGUAAUAUGAAUUAACGUAGUCAAAAGUUAUUUCACUUUUCUGAACAAUAUAAACAAUAAACAUUUUCACUAAAUUUUGUAAAAGCCAAUAAUUUUUAAAUAUAACCUAAUUAAAAUACCUGAACAUGUGUUUCAACAUUAAUUUAUAAUUAUAGUAUAGGCAGGUUAUUGAUAUUUUUAUAUUUACAGCCAGAUAACAGAGUUAUUACACCUAUUUCAAAAGACUCUCCACUUUGGGAAAUAGCUAAAGCACAACCAGCAGGCUACUCUGACUCUUCACGUGUGCCAGUUACUUGUGCUGGAACUGUAAGUGUUAAUUUAUUUAUUUUUUACUAUUUUUUAGGUAAAGGGCACCACAUUGUUUAAUAAUUAGUUUAAAAUUUUAAGCCUUUGACCUUCAAGAAGUCUAAAUUAAAUUUGAAUAAAAUGAUAAAAUUGAAGAGAUUCAUUUUUGAAAAAAACACAUUUCAGAAUUAUCAACACUGCAAUUGCAUUUCCAAAUAAUUAUAACAAUAGGUAGAUAGGUAGAUUCUAAGGUUGGUAUUCAACAACUUGAAGGGCUGCACAUGGGCCCUGCGUUGGAACACACCACUCUGUAUCAGUUCAUACCAUUAAAACUCAUGAAAACUUGAGUGAAAAAGCUCCAGGUUAUGACUCGAUCCCAGCUGAAAUAUACAAAGAAGGGGGGAAAACUCGGAGUGAAUGAAGGUAUACUAGGGGUCAGUGCACCCUGCUCUUCUCUAUCCAUUUGAUACGUAAACAGUCUAUCAACUCCAUUUAAAAAUUUUGAAUCCCUUUUGUGACAAGUCUCAUAAAAAUCCUGAACAUCAAAUGGGAGGACAGUUUCCCAGACACCCAGGUAAUUGCACAAAGUUGCCUCCACAGCAUCUUAACCACUUUAAUGUAGUCCCAGCUUCGCUGGAUGGGACUUGUUGAGCAAAUGUCAGACAACCACUUGCCCAAAGGAAUAUUCUAUGGUGAGCUUGAGCAUGGAAGGCGGUUUGCUUAUAGCCAGAAGAAAUGCCUUAAAGACACCCUUAAAGCCUCACUGAAAGACUUGGAUACAAACACUGACACAUGGGAAGAAGUGUCAAGGACCAAGCAUCGUGGCAUUCCUCUGUACACAAAGGCUACAUGCAACAUGAUGCCAAAAGAACAGCGGCCAUAGAGCACAAAAGACAUGCCCGAAUAAAUCCAGGGUUAACUCUGCAUCUAGAGAUGUCCCAUCAAUUCCCUGCACUUAAUGCACAAUAACAUUUCGUGCCAGAAUCUGUCUCAUAAGCCAUCUGCGCACCCACAUCCAAGUGCAUAUUUAGUGUUAUGAAGCACAAUUUCCUGUGCGUGAACUUUCCUCAACCUCGUAGUACACUCCUAGCAGACAGUAACGUCUGUUGUGGGCGUGGCUAAAUCUCUUUGAAGUAUCGUGUUUACAAUCGGCUUCCAAUUACGCAUUGGGUAGAAUGUCUCCGGGUAACUUCUCGAAUGUACUCCUUAACCCGAGAUAUGUAAACAACAUGUCAUAGGUCCUUCUGGAAGCGUCUUACGCUACAUGUAUAUAAAGGAUUGAUAGAUACAAGGAGACGGAGAUCAGAUAGAUUUUCUUAACAUUAAGAGGUGUGUUAUAUUCUUUGUGUAUUUGUGUGCUCAUAUGUGUUUAUUUCGCAUUAGUUAUUGGCACAUUAUUCUAACUGUGUUAACUGUGUACCGGUUCAAGAUCUACCAUACUGUAAGUUGAAGAUUGUAAUUAUAUUUUCUUUUCUUUUGUAAUUAUCUUAAGACAUAUUAAAUCUUAUUAAUUGUAACUAGAAACUGUUUUGGGUCGUAUCUUUAAUAUUGUUGAUUCUAUGGUAUUGUCCUUUGUUAGGCACUGCUUACAACGAGCCAAUUAAAAUAGGAGAUUAAUUUCUCCCAAAACAAGUCAGUGCGUAACAUUUAGCAUAUACAAUGAUUAAGGUGGUCAUAGUUUGUUUCAACUGAUGAACUAUAUAGCAUUAAAACUCAUGAAAUAACAAAGCAGGAUUAUAACUUAUUAAGAUAAAGUUUAUAUUCCACAUUGGCACAACUAAUGUGAAAUAUCUAAUGUCUUUUUUUUUUUUUUUAAUUUCCUUUGUUAGCACACACCUGAGCUUGAAAAAUACUUUCACUUCUAAAUUCAAAACUAAUAUUUCAUUUCUCACUAGCAACCUGAAGAUGUGAAAUUUCUCACUGAUGUGCCACCAUAUAAAAAGAACCAAGAAUGGAUUCUCUAUUUCCCAAACACUGGUUUCCCUUCCUAUAUUUAUAGAAGAAGAGACAUGUCGCUUCCAUUUUUGAAACCAGCGUUGUUUGUUCAGUUUCCAGCUCUGAAGGAUGAACAGCUGGUUCACGUAACAUGCACAGCCUGGGGACAGCUGUAUGACUUCAACAAGACUCUGGUAAAACAUGAUCUUUUGAGAACCCAGUUUGCUCUGUAUAUUAGACGCGGAUAA